UUUCCAAACCUAAAACAAAACGUCUAGAAAACAAAAACCCUCUCCGGACUAAAGAGCGGAGGAGUCGCAAUAGCCGAUAGAGAGGGAGAGCGAGCUUUAAAAAUAGUAGUCCUAUGGAAGAGGAUCCAGAGAAGAGAUUCCACUCUAUUAUGGACAAGCUCCUUAACGCUCCUUCUUCGAAAUCCCUCUCCAAUCCCAGUUCACCAAUAUCAUGUGGAGCUAUACAAAUAUCAUCACCAUCAAGAGGCAAAAAACGAGACAAUCCUGAGUCUGCAUUAGCACUAGUGGAACAUGUUUCUUCAGCUGACGCUCCUUUGUGUAGGCCUUGGGACAGGGGAGAUCUUAUGAGGAGGCUUGCUACUUUUAAGUCUAUGACCUGGUUCGCUAAGCCCAAGGUGGUAAGUGCUGUGAAUUGUGCGAGAAGGGGAUGGAUCAAUUUGGAUAUGGAUAUCAUAGCAUGUGAAGCAUGUGGAGCUCGUCUCCUAUUUUCUACUCCAUCAUCUUGGUCACAGCAACAAGUUGAGAAGGCAGCAUUGGUAUUUAGUUUGAAGCUGGAUAAUGGACACAAACUAUUGUGUCCAUGGAUUGACAAUGCCUGUGAUGAAAGAUUGGCAGAAUUUCCUCCCACUCCACCUCAAGUUUUAGUUGAUAAGUUCAGAGAACGUUCUUGUGCACUCUUCCGACUUUUAGCUCUUCCACUGAUUUCAUCUUCAGCUAUUGAAUACAUAAGAUGCCCUCAGUUGGAAGAAUUUCUUGGACAAUCUCCAACCCUGGAAUUUGGCAACAUGUCUGCCAACCUAUCACAAAUACAAUUCCUUGGAAAUGAUUGCGAUGCUGGUUUUGCCAACUUGUACUAUGAGGCACAAAAGCUCGUAAGUUUAUGUGGCUGGGAACCGCGUGUGCUGCCUUACGUUGUUGACUGCAAGGACAAACCAACACAGCCUGUUAAGGAUACUGGCUUCACAGAUUCAUUCCAUAUGGUCAUCAAUGGGCAGAAUACAAGUAUUCGAGUCCAAUCUGUUGCUACUGAGCAAAGCGUUGACACAAAUGAAGAAUCUGGUUCUUGUAGUGGGCCACAUGCUGAUUCUAAUGCUGUUGUUUUAGAUUGCAGGUUCUGUGGGGCAAGUGUGGGACUAUGGACAUUUUCUAUGGUUCCACGUCCUUUAGAGUUGUUUAAAUUGGUUGGUUAUGCAGAAGUCAAUAGUAACAAGAAUUCUGGACAAGAUUCAGCUAAUGAAAAUCAUGUUGACAAUAGUGGAGUCAUUGGAAACUCUGCGUCAAAUGGUGCAUUGUCUUCUAUGCAUAGACCAUCAUAUUUAAGUUUUACAAUUGCUGGGGGUCCACCCCCAACAAAACAGAACUUCAAAGCAACAAUUUCAUUGCCUGUUAUUGGCCGGAAUUUAAGGGCCAGGUUUUCUUAUGAUUCUGAUUUUAGGGAUCGUACAUGUGAUAACCAUGAAGUUACUCAAUCUGGAUCUGGAAACAAGAAUCUAUGUUCAGAGGAACUGGAAUCUGCAAAGCUCACUUUUGGUGAACAGGUUUCUCUGCUUGAAGCUACGGGUCUGUUAAAGAGCAAAACACAUGACCAGGGGCAGUGUAGUUAUUCUAGUGGUGACCAAUCUUCUUGUUUGAACUUUGGAAUUUGUGAAGGUGGUGCACUUAGAAAAGAGAAUAACUCCAAGAUGUCUUUGGAAGGGAUCAAUAUCACUAGAGAACCAACAUUUCCUGAAACUGCUGGGUAUGAAUCUGCUGUGGAAUGUCUGACUCAGAAUGCACCAAAUACAGUGCAUGGUUAUGAUGCAACUGAUCAGCUGCCUGAAAAUUCAAACAAUAUUGAAUGGCAUGAUUCAGUAGUGGGGGUUUCUAGAGUUUCUCAAGUUAGUGCAUCUUCGAUUUCUGGCUCUGCUGCCAUUUUCCCCAUCGGAAGUGGAAAAGGUAGUGAAAGUAACUCCUUAGAGAUGAUGACUUCAUCUAUCAAUCAUGAUGAACAAAUUCCAGGAGCAGAUAUUUCAGGCAGCAAUGUUGCCUGUCAGAUUGGUAUGAGAGGAGGUGAAACUUGUUCUGAUAUCGAAAACACUUUAGCUACUCAAGAAAAAAGCCAAGAAGGCACCACAGGAGUGCAGGUUCCUGUGAACAAUGAAGUUGUGGCCUCUGGUACAGGAAAGGAUCCUAAGAAACUGGCAUUAGACAAAGCUUUGGGAUUUGAUCCAAUCAGACAGCACAGACAUUUUUGCCCCUGGAUUAUAUCAUCAAGCAGUGGGGCACCUGGUUGGCAACAAACACUAUCUGCUUUAGGGCGUCAGAAAGAGUUUUCUCUUCCUUCUACAAAUUCUCCAUCUUCCUCCCUGAAUAAGGUGGAUGAUCCCAUUGCUCUAGUUAGAAAGCUUUUCACGUCCCCUGCGAAAAGAAUGAAGCCUACUAGUGGAUCAAGCUGAAACAGCCGAUGCAGCUAAUUAGUUUUGUAGGGCAUGGAUGUGUUUUCAAAGAGGCUUCUGUUCCUCUGUAAAUGGUAGGAUGUCGUGUGAUGUUUCCUAAUGUGUAUGCAAAUCAUGGAAAGAGUUCUGAGUGAUAGAUUUUGGCGAAAUAGGAACACACUUUUAAUUGAGUUAAGCUGUGACUUGCCUUAAAACGCUAUCAUGAGAUUUCAGUGAGGAAUAGCAAUGGAAUUUAUUCU